CCCGUCGCGGCAGGGUCGGAGUAGUCGUCGUCAUCGCCGUCGCCACCGCCGCAGGCACACAUUGGUGAAUUCAGUGUCGUGUCGCGUGCACUGCAAAUAGGAUAUAAUUUCGUUCGUCACAAACGCGUGAUCCACCUCCGUCGUUGCCGAGCAUAUUUAUACCACAAUAAUAUACUAUUUCUGCAUAAUAUAUUUAUCUUAUAUUAUAAAACAAAAUAUAAUAAUUAUAUAAUAUCGAAAUGUUAUUGCGUUUUCAUCAUUUUAUCCACUCCGCGCGUAUAGCAUACAACAAUAGUUGUAUUAUGUAUUGAAAUUUAAAACGUAGUUAAAUAUAUUAAAAUAUUGUAAAAAAAAUUGUUUUUAAUACUAACCUCACCUAUUCGCUUAUUUAAAACCAUAUCCUGCACUACUACCGGUUGUAAUACGCCACGAUUAACGUCGAGAUCAAAACUUUAUCGAGUCGUCCUAACACGGAGCCAUUAUUUGUAGUUUGGAAAUUUGUGUUUGUAAUGUCAAUACACAUUUACUGGAAGAGUUCUUAAGACGGCUUCGUUCAAUAAAUAUAAUGCAUUUUUCAACUUCUGUUGUGUCAACCGGUAGAACAACAUCUUCUUAAAGUGCGAUUAAAAAAUACAUUGAUAAUGAAAACGUUCUCCAGUCUGCUUGGCGUACUAAGCUGUUGGUACAUAUUGACGUCGAAAAUAGUACAAUCUGAUUCUGGAAUUUCUACAAAAGGUAGAAUAGACCAUUGCAAUAAGACUGUUGAUAUCUAUGAAGAUAUUACUAGUCCAGAAGUAACAUCAUCGAAUUUUGGCAAACCACUUUUUUGUUCGUACAGAUUUCGUUCAUUUAAAGGAAUUCCCAAGGACUAUAUUCUUCGAAUUAGAUUUAAAAAAUUUAAAUUUGGAGUAUUAGUCAAUGGAACAUAUUGUCAAGGAGGAUUCAUGCAGAUACUUGAUCAUGUGGGCAAAGGUAACGCCGCAACAAUUACAUCUAAAAAAGAAGUACCCGGAUCAUAUUGUGGUGAAAUUGAACAACCACAAACAUUCUUGUCGGAAACGAGUUCAGUUCGAGUUAUUUUUCAAACAAAUAACUUUACAGAUCAAACUUAUUACAGUUUCGAUUCAAGAGCUGAACAAGAAACUCAAGUGUAUUUACGAUAUGGACAGCAUCCGGAACUUUAUCCAAAUAGAAGAGGCUUGCUGAACCCUGGGAGCUAUUGUGAUAGAACAUUUAAGGAAUGUCGACUGCAAACAUGUUAUGUUCAAAGUCCAGCGUAUCCAGGAGUGUAUCCAAGAAAUCUCAAGUGCAAUUAUUGGCUGAACACUAAAAAUCCGUUUAUCCGUCUAUACAUACAAAACGAAGAAUUUAAUGUAGACGGUCAGCGUUGUGAAAAUAUAAUCACAUGUCCUAUGAGACCGAUCACGUCAGGAGCUGAAUAUUGCCCAUAUGAUUAUAUAAAAAUCUAUGAUGGUAAAAACGCAUCUAGCCCAGAGAUUGGAACCUUUUGUGGAAUGGGAAAAUUUCCCCAUUCAAUUGUUGGUACAAGUGAAGAUUUAUUUGUGGAGUUUGUCACAUCAACUGCAGGCCCGCUUUUAAAUACCGGCUUUCAUUUUAACGUUGGUAAUAUGCCUGGUCACAUGCAGACUGCUGGUGAAAAAAACGGUUCUUGCGAUUGGAUAUUAUCGAGCGAACAUUUGAACAGAGAUCACCAUACCGAAGGAAUAUUCAUGUCGAUUGCUCACUGGUAUCCCCCGCACACGUCUUGCACUUAUCAUUUACUAGGACUGCCAAAUCAAGUAGUUCGAGUUUAUUUUCCUAGCUUUCGAGUAAAUAGUAUAGAGAGUCCUGUGAGGAGUGAUUGGACUGGUGAUUGCGGGGAAAGCUUAACGCUCUACGAUGCCGCGGAACCAGAUGAUACAAAAAUCAUAAAAACAUUUUGUGAUACAUUUUCUAAGCCAGCUGAAAAACACGAUUUCAUAUCGACGGGAAAUUCCAUGUUUAUCCGAUUUGAAAGCAAAACCGGCAGUUAUUCGGGGUCAUCGUUGUAUUAUUGGGCUCACUAUGACUUUUUCAAUGACACUAAAUUCGGUACUGCUAUACCAAAUACAAUGUGUGAUGAAGAAUUUGUUAGUUGGAAGCCUUCGUCGGGAUAUUUCAGAUCACCAGUGAACACGCUAGUCUACAAACGACAAGGGACGGUUACGGAUCCUGAUGCAAAAUCUCAACCAAUAAUUUGUCAUUAUAAAUUUAUAACAGACGUGCGAUUAUUCGCCCGUAUUGUUUUGAAAAUUGAGUCUAUUAAAUUCAAGGACCACAAUUAUAGGAUACCCAUUGAAAAGGACAACGACUGUUGGUAUAGUGAACGUGACAAAUUAUUGAUAUGGGAACCGGAGGAGAUCGACGCUGGUUUUGGGCUUAACCGGACAAUUAUCAAUCAAUCGAAUACGAACAACGGUCUUUGUUUGUUCAAUAAUGUCAACAAAACGAGAAUGACGUCCGAUCCGCAUACUAGAGAAAUAAAAUUUGUCUCAUCGGGAAACUCAUUGAAUGUCGAGUUGAAUCUAAAUCCACUACACGCGGCUCUGAGCUAUUUCAAGUACGAUGUUCCGUUAUUUGAAGCCAGAUACGAAUUCGUACAUGGUCCUUUGUGUGGUCCUUCUAUCAUUCAACCGGUCGACGAGGGUGAGCUCGUGUUUCCAAGGUUUGAUGCCAUGGGAUUUGUAGAACCACCAAAAACACUUGAAUGUAUUUGGGAGAUACGGGUUCGCGAAGACCGGGAUUUAUGGUUACAUUUUAACCAGGUUAACUUUGUGACAGAUGACUGUCAGGAUGGCCGGCUCGAGGUUUACUUGCCUUCCAGGUCGGUGGACUACCCGUUCAUGUCAGCGUGUGGACACAAUGCCACGGCACUUAAAAACCUACCACUGCUAACUUCCAAGGACGUCGAAGAGGCCGUCGACAAAUCGUCGCCGACAGCUAGUGCAGAAUCUCAGCGACGACGGCGGCAGCGGCGUUACGUGCAUGUCCGAUUCGUGGGAAACGCUUACCCGCACAAGGCGCAAUUUAAGAUCGCUUGGUCCGAACUGAGCCACUUACCACGGAACCCAGACGGGACGCCGCGUGCCGCAAAACGGACGUCCGACGCCGAAGACGAUUGCGCGUUUUUAUGUCCAGGCGAUGAACGACUGUGCUUACCAGCUCGAGCCGUAUGCAACGGCGUGAUCAACUGUCCCGGUGUCCCCAACGACGAGUCACUGACCACGUGUGACCAGUGGGAUCGUGAGUCGAUCGGGUCUGUUGACACCGGUGUAGGUAGUGGCCCCAGGACUCUAACAGCCGUCGCGCUGUUUGCCGCCGUCACUGCAGCCAUAGUUGUCUUCAGCGUUGUCUUGUUCGCGGCUAGCGCAUACUGUCGCCGCCGUCGUUGCCAGCUGCUCCAAAGUGGCCGACCCGCAGCAUCCAAUCGCUGUGCAAUGACCUUAAAUGACAGGUCAAAUGAUCGUAUUUAUUCUACGGACUACUAAAAACGAAUAAAAUCGGAUAAUCCUAUGAAAGUUUGCGGAUCAACACCGAAAUAUAUAAAUAUGGCGAAUUAAUUUAUCACAUAUUAUCAUUAUCAGUUUUUUUUUUUUAACUAAGUACCUAUUAACUAUGAAUGACAACGUAUUUAUACAAUAAUAGUGUGUAUGCUACUCAAUUAUAAUAUUAUUACAUAAUAUAAAUUAAAUAAGCUCAUUUGUUAAUUGUUUCAAUACCUACAAAGUAGAUUUUAACUAAAUUUAUUAUAUAAAAACCACAAAAUAUUG